AUGCAUACGGAAAAAAAUGUUUUUGAGAACCUAUUUUUUACUAUUGUGAAUGCGAAGAAGUCAAAGGAUCACAAAAAAGCAAGAGCGGAUUGCAAGCACUUUGGUGUGUUACCUCAUUUGUGGAUCGAUGAAAAUGGCAAGUCACCCAAAGCACCUUUUUCCAUUACAAGAAAACAACGUAAACUUUUGUGUGAAUGGAUUAGUUCACUGAAACUUCCAGACGGUUAUUCCUCAAAUAUAUCUCGUUGUUGUAAUGUUGAGGAGUGUACAUUUUAUGGAUUCAAAUCGCAUGAUUGUCAUAUAUUUCUUCAAAAAUUAUUGCCUCUUGCAAUUCGUGAGCUUUUACCGGCGCCUAUUGCGGAUGCCAUCACGGCAAUUGCAAAUUUUUUUCAAGAUUUGUGCUCAUCCACGGUUACAAAAACCGAUUUGGAAAUAAUGGAAAAAUCAGUUGUGAAAGCAUUGUGUUUGUUAGAAACAAUUUUUCCUCAAAGUUGGUUUGAUUCGAUGGAACACUUGGUUGUGCAUUUGGCGGAAGAAAUUAGACUUGCUGGACCUGCUUACUGGCAUUGGAUGUAUCCAAUUGAGCGUUUAUUGGGGAAACUAAAACAAAAGGUCGGCAAUAAAGCAAGAGUUGAGGGUUCCAUUGCCGAACGAUAUAUGGAGGAGGAGAUUGUCAAUAUUUGUGCGUUUUACUUUGCAUCCGACUCGAUUCACAAUAAAUUAAGUCGUAAUGAAGUUUUGUUUGAUGUACAAAAGACCGACAAAUUAGAAGUUUUUAAAUAUCCAUGUGAUUCUCUUGGAAAAGAACGAAGUCGAUAUUUGAAUGAUGACGAGCAAUUAUUAGCUGAUGAAUAUGUUCUUCUAAACUCUCCUGAAGUUCAACCUUAUCUAAGGAGGUACCAAGAUCGAGUUAUGAGACAACGUCCUGAGACAACGCCACAACAAUUAGAUCAUAUUGUGAAAACUCGAUUCAAAGCUUGGUUUAAGAAAAAGGUUGAGAAAGACGAGAUAGACGGACCUCGUUUCAUGGACUUACUAGAAGGACCGGCAUUAAAGGUCAUGACUUUUGAAACUUGUCAAGUUGAUGGAUAUAAAUUUUCAACAUCAUCCGCAUCCGGUUCCGGUGUUGUUGUUAAGGGAACUUUGCACGAAAAUAAUCUUGAUUAUUAUGGUCAACUAAUAGAUAUUGUGAGACUUAUUUAUCAAGGAUGCAAUCACGUAUAUUUGUUCAAAUGUAUUUGGUUUGAUAGUCUCGGAAAUGGUGUGAGGAUCGAUAAGAAUCGAGUGGUGACGGUUGAUAUAACUUCAAGAUUGAGAUCUAACGAAGUUUUUAUUUUAGCUAGUCAAGCCUCUCAAAGGAUGCUUUUCAAGAAGAUAGAUCUAAUGCCGCUAGCUCAUUUUCAUUAUUUGUUGAUUUUGCACAAUAUGGACAAAUACCAUUUAUUCGAAGAGGAAGAUGAUAAUAAUGAAGAAGAGGAAGAUGAUGAUGAUGAUGAAGAUGAUGACGGUUUUGAUGACUUUCAAUGA